AUGGACAAGGACUUUCAAGACAUCCAGCAGCUUGACUCGGAGGAAACUAACCAUCAGUUCAGUGGUGGUGAGGAGCUAGGCACUCAUGGGCAGAACCCCAGGAGAGAAAGUCCAUUUUGGAAAGGGCAGCCUCCUUCCCAGACCUUUCCAAAACGCCUCUGCUCCAGCUUCCAUCUCAGUCUGCUCGCCCUGAGCCUCAAUGUCCUGCUGCUGGUGGCCGUCUGUGUGAUCGGGUCUCAAAGCACACGGCUGCAGGAAGAGCUGCGUACCCUGAAGGAAACUUUCAACAACUUCUCCUCCAGCACCCUGGUGGAGGUCCUGGCCCUGGGCUCCCAUAAAGGCAGCAUGAGCGACAAAUUGACAUCUCUGGAGGCCCAGCUGGAGAAACAACAUCAGGACGUAAAAGCAGACCACGCUACCUUGUUCCUGCACCUGAAGCACUUCCCCACGGAUAUGAGCUCCCUGAAGUGUAACAUGGUGUUUCUCCAAAGCAACGGCACGAAAUGUUGUCCUGUUAAUUGGGUGAAAUAUGGAGGCAGCUGCUACUGGUUCUCACGUGCUGGGAUGAAUUGGCACGAGGCCUACGCAUACUGCCAGCUGGAGAAUGCCCACCUGGUGGUUAUCAACUCUUGGGAUGAACAGAGAUUCAUCGUGGAACACAUGAGCCCCUUUCACACCUGGAUAGGUCUCUCUGACAUACAGGGCCCGUGGAGAUGGGUGGAUGGAACCAACUAUGAGCACAACUACCAGCACUGGGGUAUGGCUCAGCCAGAUAACUGGCAGGGCCACGAGGUGGGCGCAGGAGAUGACUGUGCGGUAGUCUUGGCAAAUGGCUUCUGGAACGACAAAUUCUGUGCAGAGCUGAACCACUGGGCCUGUGAGAUGAAACAUAAUAUCACCGUGUAGGAGCCCGGCUUCAGUGUCUCCCAUUGGUACCUGCCACGGCCCACUUCUGCAUCAAUCUAGCUUCUCCAUGGAGGAGGAUUGUGAAGAACAGAAGAUAAAUGGAAUCCCAGGCAUGGGGAAGAGGAGUUGAGGAGAAAUAGGAAGUGGGUGCUGGGAAGGCUGAGA